CAUUUAGUUGAUUCUCUUUGAAGGUUUUUGUUGUUUUCUAAGUGAAUUAAAGUUAAUUUGGUGAUCUACUUUUUUAUAUUUUCUAAUUUUAUUUGUAUUUUUAUUUUGCUCUUAUUGGAAAGAAUAUUUAGUGUUGAAGGUUUUUGUAAAAUGUCAGAACAGAAAUUGGAUUGGAUGUACAAAGGUGUUUCUGGUCUUGUUGACAGAGAAUCUUAUUUAACUGGACGAAGAAUUGAUAAGACCUUUGAAUUGGCCGAAAGGGAGGAAAAAGGUGAAAGAAUUGACGUUCCUGUUCAUGAAUCUGUUCCUCAGUCAAUUCUUGAUCUUCCUAGUACAUCAAGAUUCAACAAUAGACUAUCAGCAGAUGACCCGUUGGUUGCGAUGAAACAAAGACAACUUGAAGAGGCGAGAAAGAUUUUGAAUAAUCCUUUAAAGAUGAAGAAGAUUAAAGAACUAAUUGAAGCCGAGAAGAAAUCAUCAACAUCAUCAUCUAUUGUGAAAAAGAAGAAAAAGAAAAGUAAAAAGAAACAUAAAAAGGAUAAAAAGAAGGAACAUAAAAAGAAACACAAGAAACACGAUAGAUAGAAUUAAUUGAUUCGAUGAUCCAACCAACAGAUCGCUACAAAUUGGAACUCAAAGUCCUCGAUUAAUCGCCAAGAGAAAAGUUCAAAGAAAUUUCAUCUCUUUGACCAUUUUCAUUCAUCAAAGUGCAGAAAACUAACUUCAAAUCUCAUUAAAAUGAUGACCAUUGUCCAUCCAUUGUAAUUACUUUUGGCUCUUAACUGCGAUUCUGAGUUAAAAAAAUCUUUCACAAUCAAAACGUGACUUUCUACCUAAAUUAAAAGGUCAAUCGAGUGUCCAAUUCACAAAGAAAAUGUGUCAAUAUCUUUGUCAAUAUAUUUCUGGAAAACAAUCAACAGUUGAUUUACGAAAGUGUAAACAUUAAUUAAUCUAAUUGUUAAGCAUUUUUUCAAAGUUCUCUCAUCAAUAUUGACCAAAAAACAACCAAGAAAUUCAAUCAACCUGAUCAUCUUCAUUUCUCCAAAAAGAAAACAACAGAACCGAUAUUUUAAGAGAUUCGAAGAUCCCACCAACAGGUCAAUCCAACAGGUUGACCUUGAUUCGGACAAAGAUGACCCUCGAUUUCCUAUUGGUUGUAAAAGAAAAAGAAAAAAGUUCUCCAAACAAAUUUUAUCUCAUUGAUCUUUAUUUUCAUAUUAUUUUGAAAAUCCACUUUGGAUUAACUUUUAUCUUCUCGGUUGUCAUAACAAUAACAACUUACCAGCGAUAAAAUCAUCAACCACCAUCAUCUUGAUGAUAAAUUAAUAUUUCUCUUCUCCCUUCUCACUUUCCCGUCGUCAUUUUGUCAUCUAUUUUUUUUUUCUAGUAGAAAAAAAGAAAGAGAGAUUGAUAAAAGAAAGAAAAGAAAGAGAAAACCCAAAGUAAUGGCUUUACUUUAUUCUUGGCUCAACAAACCAAACAAUUAUCACCUUUCCUCCGGCUGGUUGUUCAUUAAGUAUGUGAUUCUACUGUUAUUGGCGAUCAAUGUGAUGAUCUGUAUUCUCUUAAUUCCAAUCGUGUUGGCCUACAUAAACGACCAUGCGAAUCACGAUGAUUUUGGUGGAGCUUCAAUUCUGGCUGCUUCCAUUUACGCUGUUGUUUUCCUAAUUUUCGCCAUCGGUACUCAUACAUUGGGAUUUUUUUCGGUCAAACGUCAAGUGUACCAAUUAAUGUUAAGCUAUUGUCUUGCUGCUUCUCUCAUCUUAUUGUCCAUCAUUCUGUCCGUUGAAACAAGAGAAAGACCUUUAAUUACCUGGUUGUGUCUUAAUUUCACUACGAUUAUGUUAACCCUCGCGUUUAGUUUUGUGAUACGGCGAAUGGAACAUCCCGCUGGACCAUCGAUCGUUAAUCAAGUUGAUUUUGAUGAUGUUCUUUACACCAGAUAGAUUAAUCAAUAUUUUUCCUUCUACACAUCAAUUGAAACUCAUCAAUUCCCGUUAAUCUCUCAGUGUGUUUGUCUUAUAAGUGAUAAGUGGAUCAUCAUCAUCAUCAUAAUCAUCACUUAGCUUAUUGCCUGAGAUUUUGUUGCCAUCCUCAUAUUGUAGUUCAUAGUCAUCAUCAUCUUUAUCGUUUUUUUUAAUCAUCUUCAUCAUUUACAACUAAAAAUGACCAAAAAAAUUCAUCCUAAUCAUCACUGAUUAUUCAUACAAACGAGAUAACUAAUUGUGCUCUUCAAAUGAUUAUUUAACCUUCUCAUUGAAAUCAAAAGACUAUCUUAUCAUUUAGAGUUAAUUAAUGAUUAAAGUACAACAGAAUCAGAAAUUCACCAAAGUUAACAAUUAUUCUUGAGGUGAUUAGUUAAUCGGAUAACCAGGAUAAUUUAAACUCGAAACUUUCAAUCAAUACGAAAACUGUUUUUUUUAUCUAUUCGAUUAAAACUAAAUUCUAAUUGUUUGAA